GGUUGUUUAGUUUAGUUUAUGGUCUUCCUGGUUUUAGUUAAAAAAAAUGGCGUUCCCGAGCAGGGAUGUUGUAUUUUCAAGAAAACCGAAUUUGACGUUAAUUCCAAACGCGGACAGAACAUAUCGACUCCUGGAGCCGCAGAGAAAGAGAGGAAACGCCCAGUUCCCUCUCGCUUCCUGUGGCCACAGUGUCAACCCUGCUGAUGUCACUGAAUCUGUCAAAAGCCUCCUGGACCAGAAGAGUCUCGAGUUUCGUUGCCCGGUCUGUGGUAAGGAGUGGUCCUGGAGAGAGACCCGGAAGCUGACCCAGCUUCCAGAACCAGAACUCUGUGCCCUGGAGGAGAGGGUCAAUCUGAUCGCACAGGACCGGCCAGAACUCUACAAGAAGUGCCCAGCCUGCAGCCUCCUCCUGCAGCACCCUGGUGAUGAUGACGCCUCUGUGGCUCUGUGCGUCGCCUGCCCUGGGUGUUCCCGCAGCCGAGGGAAGCCCUGUCUCUUGUGCUGGGCCUGCCUCAGCCCCUGGCAGGGGGGAGAAGAGGCUGGAGAAGGGGCCGGCUGCACUAACAAAGCCUGCGGUCUGAUCUCAGCCCUGCUUUCCUGCAGCAUUGUCACAGACCCUGCUAGCAGGGUGCUGGGGUGCCCUCUGAUUCGAGCCUGUCCUAAGUGCCACCAGCUCACCAUGCACACAGGGGGGUGUAAGUACGUGUGCUGCCAGGGCUGUAGGCACAGGUUCUGUUUCAUCUGCCUGGAGAGAAGCAAGAACUGCAAGAGAACUGGGCCUGGCCUUUACUGGGCGUUGCAGUGCUCCAAGCCCAGAGCAGAGAGACAGAGGCUGGACUGUUAAAGAGGUCCAUUCUGUUAAUCCCAGGGAGCACAGGAGAGAGAAAUGGGGAAAGAACUCAAUCUACUGAGACUGGAACAAAGACAAAUUAAGGAGGAUCUUAAAAUAAGUUGACAAACCCUGACCAAUACGUGAAGCGCAGAUACCAGGAUCAGAGGACGCAGCUGGAAAGUGGAGACGUAGGACAGAGGGAAGGAGACGCUUCUUCACACAGAGAGCUGGUGAGGGGAUGGAAUGGGUUACCCAGCCAUGCUGUUGAUGCUGAAUCUCUGGGAUCCUUCAUUCAUGAUAUUUGGUUUCUAAUUCUUAUUUUGAUUAAAUUGAUCAUCACAUCCUUAUUUUAAACAGUUCAUCAUGAGUCACAGCCAUAUCUACUAAAGACCCAAGUUUGUUCUGCAAGGGUUUUUUAAAAUACUGGAUAGAACAAAAAUGAGGUUUUGUAAUAAAACUUCUAGAUUCACUUCGUGUUUAUUUUUUUAAAGCCUGUGUAAAUGCAGAGAGGGAUACAGUUAUAUUGUUGCUGGUGCUAAGAUGAGUGAAGGAAUGGAUCAUUAAGGGGGGGGGGGUAGUAUUAACGUCACUAUAGGUAAGAGAAUGGACCCUAAAGAUCAGGCUGUGAUUUCUCUGCCUGAUUUUUAUAAAUGAUGUACAUUUUGUCACUCCUUUAAAAAAGGAUAUUAAUUAAGUAUAUUAAUUUAUUUUUUUUAUUUUUUUUUGAUCUGUAAAAACGCUAUAUAAGAAAUAAAGGGCAGCAGUGUGGAGUAGUGGUUAGAGCUCUGGACUCUUGACCGGAGGGUCGUGGGUUCAAUCCCAGGUGGGGGGGCACUGCUGCUGUGCCCUUGAGCAAGGUACUUUACCUAGAUUGCUCCAGUAAAAACCCAGCUGUAUAAAUGGGGAAUUGUAUGUAAAAAUAAUGUGUAAAAAAUAAUGUAAUUGUAUGUAAAAAAUAAUGUGAUAUCUUGUAACAAUUGCAAGUCGCCCUGGAUAAGGGCGUCUGCUAAUAAAUUAAUAAUAAUAAUAAUUGCAAGCUGUAAUUACAGACUCAAACUGAUCCAUGCAUGACAGGAUACCGAGUCAUUUCCUAAACAUGUUAUGUGUCCGAGAAGUCAUUCUGCGGUCCUGUCAUGAGUUUGCAGGACUGUAUCGCUGCAUCGGUAGUAAUUCAUAUUCUCGCUUACAAGUUCGAGCACGAUAAAAACCAUUCUGAUUGGUUGUUGCGGCUGGGUUUCUACGCAAACGACCAAUCAAAAUGCCUGAUACAUGAGAAGGGUUCAGGUAUAUGAGAAGAUACUGUCUUAUCACAGCCCGGCAAAGCUCUCCCUUCUCUGUCUCUCUCCUCCAGUCGACCAGGUGAGACGCAAACAUUGGAUUGCAUUCUAGUUUUCUAAAAGUGACAGGUGGUGUUUUGUUUUUUUUUAAAUAGGAGUUAAUUACAGAUUCAAAGAAAUGCUGGUUGUGUUCUAAUACUUUUGUUUUUUUAGGGUAAUUUUUUUAAUCAUUUAGAAGCACCUAUUUGUUUCUGUGUGUUUUGUCCCUUGUACGGAUAAUUCUUAAAGAUAUGUAAAUAUAUAUAUUAUUAUUAAUAUUUAUUUCUUAGCAGACACCCUUA